AUGGCAUCUCCGAAUAUUGCCGCGGGCUCAAAGAAGCCCUUCGAUAUCAGCAGUCUCAUGUCACCGCCUGAACUGCCACCAAUGGAUUCGUUUGCGAGGCCAACGGUUGUACCUAGGACAAUGGAUCAAGCCACUUCAAACAUGAGAAGGGUACAUGGACCAAACCCACCGCUCUCGCCACCGAUCAGUCCUCUCUCAAAGGUUAACCAUUCAGUAGCCAUUGAGGCAAGAAACAGUACUCCCAUGAACGAUCCGAUCCUGUAUCCUGCGCACGAUUUAUCACCACCCCAACAACCAUUGUUCGCCCGGGAUGACUCAAUCGAAACGCAGCGAAUUGUAGAAGAUCAUGUUGAGGCGAGGAAAGCUUCUCUAUUCAGAGAAGCAACGCCACCGCGCCAAGAGGAAUAUGAAUUAAUGCUGUACUUCAAGUCAGAGGUCAUGAAGAAGUGUCAGGAAAAUCCCAAGAGCUGGCUUCAACGUGAGCGUGCUCAACUUCUCGCGGAUAGAAGGGCUGGUUCUUCUCGUCUUCACCAUCAUAGACUACAACCAAUACUACCAGCAAAGCCCCAGUCAAUCCGCACCCAGGUCCAGCGAAUUUCCAAGCCACCAAAACCUUCCGUCAGACCGUUGCAGGCUUCUGCAUCCGUACCUCGACCAAUCCGCGCAAUGUCUCCUGCUGCUCAGAUUCCAAGGCACGCAGUAAUCAAGCGUGUCAGCGUUACUCCUGAUCCUGCAUCUAGAAGAACUGCUGCACCCAGUCGAGAGGACAAGGAUUUCAGCGCUCUGCCGGACUACUGUCCUCCUCUCAACUCUCUACCAUCAAAGGCAAACAGUCUAAAGGUGGACUGGAAGGGUGCUCCCAUUGAUCUGAGCAGUGAUCCGCAGCGGGAUCUGCUUCAUCCGGACGAACUAGCUCUAGCAGCAAAUUUACGACUAGACGCUGCUACAUAUUUGACCAGCAAACGCCGGAUGUUCAUUGCUCGUCUGAACUGUCUCAAAAUCGGUAAAGAAUUUCGGAAGACGGAUGCUCAGCAGGCUUGCAAGAUCGAUGUCAAUAAGGCUUCGAAGUUGUGGACAGCUUUUGACAAGGUUGGCUGGCUAGAGAAACAAUGGGUUGCACGAUUUGUGUAG